GGAAAAGGAGGCACACGCGUAGCGAAAUUGCGCGCGCGAUCCUAAUCAGUGCGAGCGAGAUAGAAAGCGCGAAGGAGAGAUCAAGCAGUGUAUAUAGGAGAGAGGGAAAAAAAGAGCGGCUUGGCUGCACGCGAGAGAGUUACACUUCGACGAUCAGUUGUUGAGCCGAGGAAGUGAGGCAUCGCAUCGCGCGCGCGAGCGCGCACGGCACCGUGUACUAUGCAUCGCUGUGUCCGGAGACCUCCGCCGUUUCGAUCCUCGCUCGAGCUCCAAAUUUCCCUUUUAUAGGACGUGCACUGGCUUGCGAUUUGGAACUGACUCUACUGACCCGAGCACAACAAUGUCUGAUAACGAAGCAGACGAUGAGUUCCAAGAUGCGCAGGAAGAACUACCUCCGCCGUCAUCUUUGGACUUCGAAACGGCUACAGCAAUAGCAAAGCAGGCUAUCUAUUAUUAUUUCAGUAAUGAAUUUGAAAAAUCAAGGAAGACAGUUGAACCGUAUGCACACUGUGAUAUGUACUGUUCGCUGGGUACUGCUGUAUUCGCAUAUCUGGAUGCUGUUCUCACUUUCGAACGGAAAUACAUAGAAAAAGCGUCCAAAACUUUGAAGCAAUGUAUGGCUGUAUGCUCAAAACGUCGACGACACACUACUGCUAUACAAAAUAUUGGCAAAAUUGUGAAAAGACCCAACUAUGACUUCUACACUAUCGGAGAAGUACAUGCCGAAUUAUGUUACACAGAGGCGUUGCUCUUCAAAUCUAUGCUAAGCAUUAUCGAAGAUGAAACGCUUGUUAGUUUUGUUAAAGCUGGCUUUAGAAUUCGCAAUUGCUUUCUUUCGUAUAAAGAUUGCCUUCAAAUUUUAGAAACUAGGAAAUGGGAAAGUAAGGAACACAAAAUGCACUUUGAAAGUGGUGUCCGAUUGGGAGUUGGUACAUUUAAUUUGAUGAUAUCACUGUUGCCUACGCGAACUAUUAAGUUACUCGAAUUUGUUGGGUUUUCAGGAGAUAAGAAUUAUGGUCUUAACCAGCUUCUAGCUGGUUACGAAGAGCGUGGAGGCCUACGUCAGAUUCUUUGUGCAAUGUCUUUGCUGUUUUAUAACACAGUAACAGUACCUAAUAUGAGCGAUUCGGAUGGCGAUUUAAAAUGGUGUGACCAAGCAUUGGAUGAACAAUUAGCUGUUUAUCCACAAGGAGCGUGGUUUUUAUUUUUGAAAGGCAGAUUAGAAUUUAUGAAAGGAAAUUUUAAGGAGUCCGUCGAAUGGUACACGAAAUCAUGGGAAAGCCCGAAUCUUCGGCCUGAAUUUCAUAAUUUGUGUUUUUGGGAACUGAUGUGGGUUCAUAGCGUUCAACGACAGUGGGAAUCAGCUUUGAAAUAUGCCGAAUUUCUCUCAAAACAAUCCAAUUGGUCGCGUACGAUAUACUUCUAUCAGCAGGCUGCUAUAAUGCUCAUGAUGAAGCCUUCGUCAAAGAGCGAAGAGCAAAUGAACGUUGAUAAGCUAAUGGCACAAGUGCCGACCUACAAGCAACGUAUCGCUGGCAAAUCCUUGCCCAUGGAAAAGUUUUUGAUAAAGAAGUCCGAGCGAUACUUCGCUCAAAAGAAAUAUCUAGUCCUUCCCAUCUACGAGCUUUUGUAUUUGUGGAACUGCUUUAGGAUAAUCGGCAAAUCUCAGAAUGAUCUCUUGAGCGUCUUCAAAUGCAUUGAAGAAGAAGAGGUCUUUUUGAAAAAUAAUCCUAAGAACGAAUUCCAAGUCGACAAUGAAGCUUUAAUUUUACUUCUCAAAGGAGCUUGUUUUCGUCAACUGAAGCUGAAUUUACAAUCACAAGAUUGUUUAAGGAAAGUUUUAGAAAUGGAAAAGCAGAUCAGAGAUGACACUUAUCUACUUCCAUUUGCGACUGUUGAAUUAGCAUUGUUAGCUAAAGAUCAAGGAGAUACACAAGUAGCAAUAUCUCUGUUAGAAAAUGCAAAGAAAAACUUCACUGGAUAUUCGCUAGAAUCGAGACUGCACUUUAGAAUACAUUGUGGAUUGAUGGAAUUAAAUAGCAAGGAAGAACCUAAAAAUGGUCAUGAAUGAGUAUUGAUUAAUAUGAUGACGAUGACUGAUAAUAGUAUGAAUUAUCGAGAGGAACAGAUUCUUUUUCAGCAGUGAACAGAGUUUUGAAUAACUAACUUUCUGCAAGCACAUUUAUUAUUUUCGGUUUUCUCUAAUGUUAUAAUCGUGAGGUAGUAUUUCAUUAUCUAUAGCAUAAUUACAAUUUUAUUUCACAAUACACAAUGCGUAUAAUGUCAGUGAAUACAAGAAUAUGGUUUUCCUAUAAAAUAAUUCGCUUAUUUCUUUCUUUGUCUAUUGUUGAAAAGAAUUUCAGCUUUCAAAUAUGAGUUACAUAAGUUUGUGAUAUAACAAAUAAGUUUGUUUAAUUUAUACUAUAUAAAGUAAAUAUGUUUAGUGUACGUGUAUAUUAUUUAUGUUCGUAAUAUUAUUAUUUUUCAUUAAUUUUCUGCUCUGCAUUUUUUCAUGGUUAAUGGAUAUUGUACUUAAGCAAACUACGUAUUCAUAAAUAAUUAUACAAGUUUAUAUGACCUGUCUGAAUAAAAUAUUUUAAAGA